GCUCCCCGCCACGCUCAGCAUGCCCUUUUCUGGUGCAGCCAGACCCUCCCAGGAAUCACUCUGGAGCUUGAGGCCGUCCUGUAGGGUAAGUGUUGCUUAUCCCUGUUUCCUGCACGGAAAACGUCGGGAGAGUCCAGCCAGAGCAAACAGCCUGCAGCUGCAACAUGAGGGUGUGUUUUGGAUAGAGGGCUGGAGGUUUCCCAGAGGAGCUGCAGGUGACCCAGUAAGGCACAGCAAGGAUCAAACUUGCCAAAAAAGACUGUGAGGAGGUUUAUCUGUGACCUCUGGUGAUGUGGUGGGUACUGGUUAUGUCUGGUCUGAGGUCUCUGCCAUCACCUGUCCAGCAAGUGUGUUUUAUUCUCUGGCUCUAGUGAGUACACUUUCCUGCAAUAUAAGGCUGAAUUUGGGUGGACUUCACAAAAUCUCAUAGCUCCCAUCUCCCUCUGGUAAGGUCUCUGACAUCAUUUUUCUGCCUUCUCAUGCUCCCUGUCCACCAUCCCAUCCCUGCUCUCAGGUCUGUGUCCCGCCCCUCUCCCACAUCCGCAGGAGGGAGCCAAGCCUGGUGUGUGUCUAUCCAAGCCCUCCCCGAGGCUGUGUCUUGGACCUCUUGCCCCGUGGUGUGCCAUCCUCAAUUCAGGGCUGAUCCUGUGUGUGUGGUACCUUGACCUUUUUAUAGAAAAACUACAGCUGGGAGAGACAACAUGGAAGAGCACAACGUGGGAUUCUGGGCAUUGUCCUGUGCAGGGCCAGGAGUUGGACUCGAUGAUCCUUGUGGAUCCCUUCCAACUCAGGAUAUUCUGCGACUUUACACUGGAAAAACUGCUGCUCCGUCUUCCAUCCAGGUGAUGGGAUGAGUGGUCACUGCUGAAGCUGUAAGAUGGAGAUUCUACAGGGUUAGCAAUGUGUUCAGGUGGGAAUGCUGAUUCUGGAGAUGCUGUCUGGUGGGAAUUGUCCAUUCCAGCAAGGCAAACAGCUGUGACACGAGGCUGCAGGGUGGUGAUGGGGAUGUGCCCGCCAGUGCCAAUCCAUUUCUCAGUUUGAUCCUAGUGCUCAAUCUGACCUUGAAAGUGAAUGAGCGGAGCUCACCCAUUGAUCCAAACUGGGCUGAUGAGCCCCAUGCCCUGCGGAGAGCUCGGCCCCCAGCGCCAGCUCCCUCUCUCCCCCUUUUGUUCCUGCCUCCCCUUCACGCCUUUCCAAAGCCAUCAGUCAGAGUGUAGCACCCCGGGCCGCUGACCUUGCUGGGGGCCAGGGGGACAGCAUAUAGGUCCCUGUAGAGAGCUAUCCCACUGUCUGAUGGGCUUCUCCCAGCUGCCACUGCCACCUCUGCACUGCUGGUAAGCCUGGCAUCCACCUGCCAUCAGCUUGGGACUGUGGGGAGGCCUGGGACAAAGCAAAGGGGUUGGUGCCCAUCAUGCCAGGAGCCACAUUUUUUGUAGGCAGUGGUGUUAUCUGCCAAACUGUGCGCCAGUUCUCCUGAUUUAAGGGCUCUGAUGGCUUCACAUGGGGAAACUACAACUUGAAGCAUCUUUUAAUCUUAGCUAAAAUGUCACAUGAACUGGCAAAGUGUAUUUUUUUACCUGUUGGGAAGCAAAACCUGAUUUGAGGUUGGAAACCUAGAAUUCGCCUUGGCUAAUAUGUAGAAAGGUCAGGUUUUGGGAGGAAAGAAGGUGAUGGGCCUUCACUUCGCAUCUUCUGUGCUUUAGCCACAGAUAUUUUCCCGCAGCUGAAAAUAACAAACCAUUUUAAUCUAAGUAUUGCUUGUUCUGAUCUUUUAAUCCAGCUUGCUUUCUAUGGGCACAGCGGCCUAAAAUGAUUUAUCUGCCUGCCUCUCUAUUAUAUAAUUAUUGGGAAGAUUACUGAGGAGCCAGCUUUAGCUUCUCUGGGGAAGGAGGAGGGGGCCGAAAGGUGGGGCGAGGGAUCAUGGAACCACAGAAUCGUGGAAUGCUUUGAGUUGGAAGGAACCUUAAAGCUCAUCUCGUUCUGACCCCCUGCUGUGGACAGGGACACCUUCCACUAUCCCAGGGUGCUCAGGUUUCUUUGUGGCCAUCAGAAAACACAGGAGGGGCAAGCAGCGAGCUGGGUGCUUUGGGCUGUGGCCAUAGUUUGCAUUUGAAAAUUUUAGUGUUUAAGUUUCUCCCUCAAUGUGCAUUUGUUGGAAGUGAGUUCCCAGUGAUUUGGCUGAAGCAUGACCCUCUGAGCCAGAGAAGAUUUGGGUGAAACCCUGCACUUUUUCUACACUUAUUUGGGGCUUAUUAUGGCUGUACUUGUGGUUUUGGGAGCACUGUGAUUUGAGACAGUCUGGCCUUGGGAAUAAUCUGGAAUUAGGGGCUGUGCUCCUGAUGCUUCAGGAGGGGGAACAUCUGCAAGGAAGAACCAGCAUUUGGGACAUGGUGGUGAUGCCAAGAAGGGCUGGAGGUGCCCAUGGCUGUUUCAUCAAGCUCAGCUGGUCCUCCAAGGAGCCUUAGGUGCUUAGGAGAAGGGCUUGAGCCCUUGAGUGAUGGGGUGGCUGGGGCUCUGCAGAAGUGACAUCCAAGGGCAGAUGCCCAAGGUAGAUUUGGCUGCAGCUUGAAGGUGAACAGAUGUAUCCCUGGCAUGGAAAGACAGCACAGCCAAGGGUUGGCACAGCCGGGUGGGGACUUGGGUUGAUGGAAAAAUGCAGCUUCUGACUGGUGCAACCAAUGUACUUGAGCUUCGAUGGACAGAGCAUGAGGAUGUCUGGGGGCUCCAAAAACUCCUUUUUCCUUCCCCAGUCUGAAUGUCUGGCCAUUGAAGGGCUGGUAUCUGCCCUGGCUGCUGAGGGAAGGACAGGAGAUGCUUUGCCUGUGGACCGUGGCCAGCUGGGAUGUGGUGGCUCAGAGCUGGGAACACCCCUAGCACCAGUCAAAAUCAAAUACUGGGAGCAGUGGCUUGGCUUUCCUUACUCCACAGCAUCUCAAGGACCUUUUUGGGAUCCCCAGAAUUAUGCUGCAUUUUGAGCUGGCAUUUUUCAUCCUUUCCAAACGUGAAAAGACUGGCCAUCUGUCUGGAUCCCCCUCCCGCCAAAGCGGCACGAAAGCGGCUCUUUGGGAAAGGUGAUCCAGGCAAGGUGCUGCCCGUGUCUAGGCUGCUCUCCCAGCUAACGCACGUCUCCCAUCCCCUGGUAGGAAAUGGAGUCCAAGGUCUCUGAAGGUGGCCUCAACGUUACCCUCACCAUCCGGCUGCUGAUGCACGGCAAGGAAGUUGGAAGCAUCAUUGGGAAGAAAGGAGAGACUGUGAAGAAGAUGCGUGAGGAGAGCGGGGCAAGGAUCAACAUCUCGGAGGGGAACUGUCCUGAGCGGAUUGUGACCAUAACUGGCCCCACUGAUGCCAUCUUCAAGGCUUUUGCCAUGAUUGCCUACAAAUUUGAGGAGGACAUAACCAACUCCAUGAGCAACAGCACUGCUACCAGCAAACCUCCGGUGACACUGCGGCUUGUGGUGCCAGCAAGUCAGUGUGGCUCCCUCAUUGGCAAGGGGGGCUCCAAGAUCAAGGAAAUCCGAGAGUCCACAGGUGCUCAGGUCCAAGUGGCGGGGGACAUGCUGCCCAACUCCACGGAGCGGGCAGUGACAAUCUCGGGGACACCCGACGCAAUUAUCCAGUGUGUCAAACAGAUCUGUGUGGUGAUGCUGGAGUCCCCACCAAAAGGUGCCACCAUUCCCUACCGCCCAAAGCCCGCCUCCACCCCUGUCAUUUUUGCAGGUGGUCAGGCCUAUACAAUUCAGGGACAAUACGCUAUUCCACACCCGGAUCAGUUGACCAAGCUCCACCAGUUGGCUAUGCAGCAAACCCCCUUUACUCCCCUUGGACAGACCACCCCCGCUUUCCCUGGAGAAAAGCUGCCCUUACAUUCCUCCGAAGAAGCUCAAAAUCUGAUGGGCCAGUCAUCAGGUUUGGAUGCCAGUCCCCCGGCCAGUACUCAUGAACUCACCAUUCCCAAUGAUCUAAUAGGCUGCAUAAUCGGACGCCAAGGGACCAAAAUCAAUGAAAUUCGGCAGAUGUCGGGAGCGCAGAUCAAAAUCGCCAACGCCACAGAAGGAUCAUCGGAGCGCCAAAUUACCAUCACAGGAACCCCUGCAAACAUCAGCCUUGCGCAGUACCUCAUCAACGCCAGCUCUGCAGACCCUGAUCCCCACGGGAGGAACAUCUUCCCCGCCUGACCGGAGCGCUGCAGCCGACCCAGUGCCAGUGGCUGAUGCUUGAGCCCUCUCCAAAGAAGUUGCCGGCUUCCCACCAGCUUCUCCCACUCCUUCAUGGCAUCCUUGGACCACUGUCCGAGCCCCCGGCCCACAGCUGCCCAGAGCCCGCUCCCUCGGCCAGGGCACAGGGCAGCAGCGGGCUCGGGGGGCUGGGGAGGCAGCUCUCAGGAGGACAGCAGCUUGCAGCCAGCGUGCAGCGUACCCACUGCGAGCCAGUGCUUCCCACCGCCCCUUCUGCGCUCCCUCAUCGCCCCUCACGCCCCUGCUGCUUUGCGAUGUAUUUCGUGGCUUAUCCGUGUCAUUGCAAUAAAGCUUUUGUUGCUUGA